AACACGUGACGGGGUUCGGAGAAGCUGCGCCUCAUAAGAGUGAAGACACAAAGAAAAAGGCUGGAGAGACGCUGGAGGCAGCAGCAGCAGCAUCGACACUUCCAACCUGUUUCCAGAGAGAAGGAGCGCACUCCGGGUGACAACUUCGACUUCCACAAAAACUUCAGCUGCAUUACGAACUAAAAACAAAGGGAUAAAACUGAAAAAAUUAGUAUUGCUAAUUGAAUGCAUGGCUGUUUUUUCUGAGAUCUAAGACUUUUUGUGGUUCAGCAAUGCGCUUCUGGCUCGGAUUUACGCACGACAAUAAAGGGCGAUUCUGCACACUUGAAAUAAUUAUGUAAGGUUGUUCCGUCAUCUCAGACUGCAGUAUUAUCCUCAGACACAGCCAUGAAAUCUGUGCUCGAUGGGGUGGCAGACACCACCUUCCGGACUAUUACAUCUGGGUUGCAGUAUCUAGGCUCCAACGACGCCAACUAUGAUGACCCCAUCAAUGACUUGAACUUAAAGGGCAGCUUGUCCAUGCAGAAGCCCCUGUCUGCUUUUCGCAGCAAGGUACCUGCAGAUGAAGAGCUUAUCCUCAAGGGCAUCCCCUUCUUCCCCACCAAUGCCACAGACUUGUUUGGCAACAGGACCACAUUUAGAGAUGAGACUAAUAAUAUACAAUGUGGCGAGAACUUUAUGGACAUGGAGUGUUUCAUGAUCCUGACUCCCAGCCAGCAGCUAGCUGUGGCUGUCAUGUCUCUGACUUUGGGUACUUUUACAGUGCUGGAGAACCUGGUGGUGCUCUGCGUCAUUCUGCAGUCCCGCACCCUGCGCUGCCGCCCGUCCUACCACUUCAUUGGCAGCCUUGCAGUGGCUGACCUCCUGGGCAGCGUCAUCUUUGUCUACAGUUUUUUGGACUUCCAUGUUUUCCACAGGAAGGACAGCCCCAAUGUGUUUCUCUUCAAGCUGGGUGGAGUCACUGCAUCGUUCACGGCAUCAGUCGGGAGCCUCUUCCUCACUGCUAUCGACCGCUACAUCUCCAUACACCGGCCACUUGCCUACAGGCGCAUUGUAACUCGAACCAAGGCUGUCAUAGCCUUCAGUGUGAUGUGGACACUCUCGAUCAUCAUCGCAGUGCUACCUCUGCUUGGCUGGAACUGUAAACGUCUCAACUCAGUCUGCUCAGACAUAUUCCCCCUGAUUGAUGAGAACUACCUGAUGUUCUGGAUCUUCCUGACCAGUGUCUUGGUUAUUUUCAUCAUCUACGCCUAUAUAUACAUCCUGUGGAAGGCACACCACCAUGCUGUGCGCAUGCUAAGUCGCGCCUCCCAGAAGAGUCUUGUUAUCUAUUCAGCAGAUGGGACUAAAGUGCAGACUACACGCCCUGAUCAGGCACGCAUGGACAUCCGUUUAGCCAAGACCCUGGUGCUCAUCCUGGUGGUGCUGGUAAUCUGCUGGGGUCCCUUGCUUGCCAUCAUGGUGUACGACCUCUUCUGGAAGAUGGACGAUGACAUCAAGACAGUGUUUGCAUUCUGCAGCAUGCUCUGUCUUCUCAACUCCACCGUUAACCCCAUCAUCUACGCCUUGAGGAGCAAGGACCUGCGGCGUGCCUUCCUCAGCUCCUGCAACCUCUGCCGGAGCAGUUCCCAGCAGCUGGACAAUAGCCUCGAGUCGGACUGCCAGAACAGAAAUGCCAACAUUUCUGCCAACAGGGCUGCAGAGAGUUGCGUGAAGACCACUGUGAAAAUAGCCAAAGUAACAAUGUCUGUGUCGACGGAAACAUCUGCUGAAGCUGUCUAAUUAGCCAUCAAGGGGGGAAAAGUGUAAAUGUCAUCCACCUUGAACCCCAUUUCACAUGAAAAGCAAAGGUUGGGCAUUCCAGAAAAUUUCUCUCCUGAAAGUUCUUGACUCUCAUUCUCACACAGAUGCUUUAGUGGCUCCAUUAUUUUAUUUUGGUGGAUAAGUACAUAGAGUGCCAAAGUGCCAAAUGGUAUUGGAAGAUCAUAGAAGGGACUUGCAAUUUGAAAAGGACUUGGAAAGACUAUCAUAAGUCUGCUGUUUGCCACAGACUUCUUGAUAUCCAGUCAGCAAAGGCAUAUUAUAUUUUUGUACUGUGAAUUCAGGUUUUGAAAAACUCUAUCUUCAUUUAUGGGAUAAGGGGCUACUGCAAUUUCUAAGUAGAGAUGUUUUACAGUGUCAUGUAGAACUUGGUAUGUGUCUCGAACCAUACGUAUUACUAUUCAUCGCGCCUUGACUUCCUAUAGGCUUCAUGUUGCAUAAAUGCAUUUUUGAAACUGAAUUUUAAAAAAUAUAUAUUAUUUUGUUCCAGAAUUGUAUGAUUUCUGAUAUCACUCAGAGAAUUAUCAAUGUGUGGGGAGAUAUUUUUGAGAAAUGAAAGGUCAGGUAAAGUUAUAAACCAUGAAAUAUCAACUCGGACUUGUAGGUGUAAAAUAUAUUUACGAAAUCUCAUUUUUCAGUGGUAAAGUGAUUUCUUUACUAGCUGCCUGCUCUUGCAGGGUAAAAUAUCUUUAUUCAGUUAUGUACCAAACAAAUGUACAGUGUUUAAUUGCAAAUGAAGUGUUCCAGUUCAGCUAUCCAGCCAAGUCAAUUCAAACGCCAAGCUUUUUUUGUUUAAAGCCUGAAAGAUAAAAAAAAAAAAACAGAAGAAGAAAAAAAGAGAACAACACAGUGCUGGUCACUACUGUUGGAAAUUAAAAAUGUUUUCAGACUAAGGCUCCUUUUGUCAAAUGUUUAAUUUUAUUGGACUCCGCCUUGUAUGUAUGUGUGGUACCUUGUGACUUAGUGAUCUGUUUCCAACCCUAAAGCCUUUUAAUCAUUGCAGUGAAUUUUUCUUAGUGCUACUGUUGCAUAAAACAAAAGAAACCAAUGCACAGGGCUGUUGAAUUGGUUUUGACGUGACUCUGAAUAACAUAAAAAUAACUGCUGUUAAUUUUUUACCUUUCAAAAUAAAGAAACAAAGGUCAGUGGCUUGUAACUUAAAUGGAAGUUUGUGUGUAAGACUUAUGUGAAGAACAAAACUGACCUUAGAUAAUCCAACAUAGCAAAGAUGUGGUUUUUUCUGAUAGAUGAUGUAGAACUUUUAAUCUAGAAAUCUCACAGCAGAAUUGUUCUGUAAACAUUUAUCUCAUUGUGAAGUUUUCCAGACAGCUGUUUAUCAAUAUGCUUCUGCUGGCUCUUGUAAUUUUAAAUAUUAAAGAUCAAAUGUCAACUUGUGGCUUAUGUACAUUGGUGGCAUAAUGAGGAAUCUAUGACUUCAAAAUCACCUUCGGUCAAGUGUUUCUGGUAUUGCUGUGUUAAAACUUUUGAAUAAAGUUGCAGCUGGUGUCAUGUUG